UGUUUUGUCAAUCCCAUGUCAGCUGCUGUUAUUUCGGUUUCGUAAUCAAAACACGCUAAUCGCGCAUUAGAUCGCAGUUUUCCGGCUGUGAAAAUAAUUUUCAAUUGCAUCAUAUUAGUCCAUAAGAUACACAAACGAUGAACGCCCUCACGAAAGCAGCAAGUUUCCGCUAUGCGCUGGCAACAGGAAUACGUUCGAUCGCCACCACUGUGCCACGUUUGGACAUCUUCAACAUCCAGAGCCCACAGGAGUUUGAUGAGAAAGUGAAAAAUAGCAAAGAACCAAUCAUUGUGGACUUUUUUGCAACAUGGUGUGGACCAUGCCGAAUGUUGACUCCGCGGAUUGAAUCCGUCAUCGGUGAACAGAAGGGCAAAGUGAAACUCGCCAAGGUGGACAUCGACGAACAUAGCGAUUUGGCUUUGGACUAUGAGGUGGCAUCUGUGCCGGUUCUGCUGGCGAUUCGGAAUGGAAAAGUAGAGCAGCGUUUGGUUGGUCUUCAGGAUACAGAUAAACUGCGAAACUGGGUUGAAAAAGUCGUCAACGACAAGAAAUAACUCCAUAUCGAAAGCGUGGUUGAUCAUAUUUCGGUACCCCAAACCCCAGUGAUAGUGAGAUCAAAAUGGAUCGAGACAUGUUUGUGUUUAUUCCUGUUGAACAAUAAAUGAACAGAGCUAUGUAAGUGUAA